AUGACGGCCGACGUGAGGUUCCUCGGCGGCGGCGGCGGCGGGGAAGGGGAGGUUCUAACGAGGGAUCUGCUCAGCGGCAGCUGCAGGGGCGGCGGCGGCGAUGGCGAGGUAGUUUUCUUUCUGGGUGAAGAAGGUCGUUGCCGGAGGAGAUUAUUAUUCGUUUGCUGAUGAAGGGUGGGAAUUGUGUGGCAGCGGAGAGGGCGCACCGGGGCGGAGGACCAGAACCGGCCGCCGGGGAGGGCGGCGGCCGGGGAGCUGCUUCUGUUGCUGCAGGCCCCGAGCCUGGACCUGACCCUGCGGUCGCCGGGGGCGGCGGCGGCGGCUCCGGCGGCGGCGGAGUACCAGAGCGUGUGCACGCUGGAGAAGGUGAAGUCGGCGCUGGAGCGCGCCGCCGCCCACCGGGAGCCUCGCCGGAAGGAGCCGCCGGCGUCCUCCGCCUCCUCCACCACCACCACCUCGUCGGCGAAGCGGCGGCGGUGCGAGUCGACUCGGGACGACGAGUUGGAGGGCGAGUCGCGCUCCUCCUCCUCCUCCUCCGCCGUCCUCCAGGGCGGCGACCAAUCCGCCGCCGCCUCCACUGGGAGCGCCUCCGCUGCCGUCUCCGGCGACGCCCUGGCCGCAGCCGCCUGCCCCGCCUGUCUUUGCUACGUGCUCGUCUCCCGCUCUAACCCCGGCUGCCCCCGUUGUCACUCCCCCGUCCCCCUCCCGGCGCCGGUGCCCUCUUCCCCGGCACCGCCGCCGGCCUCCCCCAAAACCCUCCUCUUCUUCUGA